UAAAGCAACUAUGCAUGCUUUCAAUAUUCAACAGAAAAUAGCGUAAAUACAAUAAUUGGAUUUUUUCUCUUGGCUUUGAGAGGAAGAAGAAGCUUUCAAGCAACCGGGUUAUUCUCUCUUAAAGUUCCAUUACAAUCCUUCACACUCUGAUGAAACUUCCCUCUUCAAAUUAGAGGUAAAAGAACAUUCUUUUUUGGUGUUGAAUGGUGUUUGUUUGUUGAUCAGUUUUGCUUGAUUUUUAUUUUCAUAAUUUUUAAUGAUUCUUAUGUUGUAGUCAGCAAUUGUAAACAAGUUUAUGAGUUCUAUUUUUUGGUGGGAAUUCAAGGUUAGUUUAUCUAAAAGCUAGCUCUUGUAGUUUCUGGUCAUGUGUGCUUUGCUUUUUUUUUUUUCUUGAAAGCCUGUUUGGUUGCCAGGAAAUGAUGGAAAAGAAAGAAAGUAAUACUAUGGAAAUUUCCUAUUGAUAAUUUUGAGUUUAAGGAUGAUUUUCUUUUGACUUGGCCUAAGAAUUGCUCUGGAUUGGGUUUUGCUAUGUUCUUAAGCUUUUGGGAGCUAAUAUUGUAUGAGUCAUGAGGUUAAAUUUGUUUUUUUUUUUUUUUUAACUGUUAGUUGUUUAUACAACUAGAUAGAGAGUCAUGUUAAACUAUUGGUGAAGUAUUUGCUUUGGGUGAUCAUUAUAGUGAAAAAGUUUCUGGGUAUGGAAAUUAUAUCAUACAAUUGUCCGCCAAGCUGUCAUGUUGUACACUUGAGGUGGAAAUUUGAGGAGAGAGGUUCGAGUUCAUGCCACUCAAAGCUUACAUCAUUUAGGAAACAAAAUAUAUUGUAUACUAGGAUUAAUUUCAGAAGUGGGCUCCCAAGAUACUGUGAUAGUAAACAGUUAUUCUUAAAGAAUGUUGAUCAUGGAAAAGGUUCUUAUUCAUUAAAAACUGUUAAAGGGUUUAAAAAGGUCUGUUCAAAGGUAUCGAGUGGAAACUAUGAUGCAUAUGUAAUUGAUGGGGAAGAGGGUGCUGGAAGUAUUUCGAAAGAUGGGGCAUCAAUACCAAAGGUUUUAAUUUCAGGCUUGCCAGAUGAAUCCAAUGAUGAAUGUGGUGCACCUAUAAGUAGUUGCUUUUGGGAGUGGAAACCUAAAUUAACUGUGCAUUAUGAGAAGGCUGGGUGUGAGAAUGUAAAUUCCCCACCCGUACUGUUUCUUCCUGGAUUUGGUGUUGGUACUUUUCAUUAUGAGAAGCAACUAAAAGAUUUGGGCAGGGAAUAUAGAGUAUGGGCGAUUGACUUUCUUGGGCAAGGCAUGUCAUUGCCAUUUGAAGAUCCUACUGCUCGGUCUGAGGAAGGAGUUACAACAGAAAGGAAGGAUAAAGUGUGGGGAUUUGGAGAUGACGCUGAACCAUGGGCAAGUGAGCUUGUUUUUUCUAUGGAUUUAUGGCGGGAUCAGGUUCGCUAUUUCAUAGAAGAGGUCAUUCGCGAACCAGUUUAUGUUGUGGGGAACUCCCUUGGAGGAUUUGUUGCAGUUUACUUUGCUGCGUGCAACCCUCAACUAGUGAAGGGUGUUACAUUGCUUAAUGCAACCCCCUUUUGGGGAUUUUUACCUAAUCCUGUGAAGUCCCCAAGACUAGCAAAGAUUUUUCCAUGGUCUGGAACAUUUCCUCUGCCUGCAAAUGUGCGAAAGCUCACAGAAUUGAUUUGGCAGAAAAUAAGUGAUCCACAAAGUAUCGCUGAGGUGCUUAAACAGGUUUAUGCAGAUCAUUCUACUAAUGUAGACAAAGUUUUCUCUUGUAUUCUUGAGACAACCGAACAUCCUGCUGCUGCCGCAUCAUUUGCAUCAAUUAUGUUUGCUCCACAGGGACAACUAUCCUUCAGGGAGGCAUUAUCUGGGUGUCAGAUGAAUGAUGUUCCAAUCUGUCUCAUGUAUGGAAAAGAAGACCCCUGGGUUAAGCCUAUCUGGGGCCUUAAGGUGAAAAGGCAGCUACCUGAAGCUCCAUACUAUGAACUCAGUCCAGCUGGUCACUGCCCACAUGAUGAAGUGCCUGAGGUUGUGAACUAUUUACUUCAUGGGUGGAUAAAAAAUCUGGAGUCCAAGGGUUUAAUAGCACUACCUCUGCUUGAUGACAUAGAAAGCAUUCAGGAUAGCAUUGCCAAGGACUUGGAAUUUGUUAGAGAAGGAUCAAAAAAAUCAGUAAGAGUACAAUUCCAUGGUUCCAAGUUCUCAAUCUGGAACCGGAUUCUGUCCUUUAUUACAUCUCGGCUUGAUCACUGACACAGAGCUUAGUUUUAGUUUGCCAAAAGUUAUGUGAAUUCUUAUAUGUUUUGUAUUCUUUUGAUGUAUCAUAGAAAACAUAGUAAAUUUUGAUUAAAUGAUUCAUUAUAUUAAGUUUCUGAAAGUUCUUCUGUCA